CCAGCCAGCCUGCCCCAUCGACCGCACCAACGCACAAUAACCGCCAAACAUCAGCGUGACUUCGUUUCGCCUAUCCAUCAAACCGCCCGCCUACCGCCUACCGCCGCCCAUCCACCUCCUGGUCCUGACCCAUUCACGACCAUUCUGCCGCCCAAACCCACCCAGGAACUCGGCUACCGACCGUUCGACUCAACCAUCGUCCCCCUUCCCGUCCGCCCAUCCAACCAUCCUCGGAGCACCAGCGCGAGUGGGCCGUUCUCCUACUCUGAACCGACCAUCACCGUUCACACACACUCUGCACCAGCGUCUCUGCACCACCAUCGUCAUCGUCGAAGAGAACAUCAGCCACCGCCGAGACCCAAUGGAUUCUUUAUCAAUACCCAACUCCCCCGAGGACAACUCAUCAUUCACUCCAUCAUCAUCAUCACCAUCCACCACCACCACCACUCCUCUAGACCACUCAGCCUCAUCCGACCUUCACAUCGAAGAGCAAUUGGAACUCAUCGACCACGGUGAAGAGGACAUCGCCGACGACAAGGACACCACCACACAGGACCAGCAAGAGGACCCCGCCGACGCCGACGACAAGAUGAACUUCUCUUCGCCCCACCACAACUACUACCACAACCAGUCAUAUCAACAACAGCGACAACAACAACAACAGUCACAAUCACAACAACACCACCACCGCUUCUCAUCGAGUCAGACCUUCCUCAACAUGGAAGACCUCGAGACACCUUCGACGAGCCCGCCGCCGUCUCUCACCCACUCAUACGCCACUUCGACCAACUCGUCCGCUUCACAAUCAUCGCCCGCGCCCGUCAUCGUCCACUCCAAGGCCGCCAAGAAGCGAAAGUCAUGGGGCCAAGAACUCCCUCAACCCAAGACCAACCUUCCUCCCCGGAAGCGGGCCAAGACCGACGACGAGAAGGAGCAGCGCCGGAUCGAGCGCAUCAAGCGGAACCGCGCCGCCGCCCACAACUCCCGCGAACGCAAACGACAGGAGGCCGAGGGCCUCGCCGUCGCCCUCGCCCACGCCAACGCCGAACUCGAGGCCUACCGGAGGUUGCAUGGCCCGCUCCCGGCCGACAUCGUCCUCCCGGAAGUCACCGUCGUCACCGAGAGCGCCGACACCCCCGUCCCCUCCUUGACCGAUGGCCGGAGCUCGAUGGAUGAGGCCGGCACCGGCCCCUCGUCCCCCGCCGACAGCCUGUGGCACAACAGCAUGAUCAAGCAGGAGCCCCUCCACGACUCCCUCCUCCCGAUGCACCUCCCCGCCUCCUCCUUCGAACGGGAGAGCCCGCUCCUGAACGCCGCGAAGCCGUCGCUGCUCGCGCUGAACCCGACACAACAUUCUGCAGAAAUGUUGUGCGACCUGCCGUGUCGGUUCAGCCUGAGCAGCGCGCGACCCACGCCGCGUUCAACACCAACAGCGGUAAGAACAACGCCAACUCCCUCUUGGUGGGCAACACUUUUUCUUUCACUACUGCCGCCAACACCGCCGCAACUACCGAGGACCUCUUCCUCGAUUCGAAGUUUCAGCUCGAUGCCAACGCCGCUCCCUCAUGCGGCACCGGUCUCGGCGCAUUAGAUCCCUUUGCGGCUUUCGCCCACGGCGCCUUCGACGCGACCUUUUCCAACCAACUCUUCUCCUUCGAUGACUACCUUCACGAUCCCACCUCCAGCUCUUGAAUGAGCCCGGUGAGGUAGAAGAAGUCGGCAUUGGAGCAACGAACAGGACCGAGCCAACUCCAACCACCACCACCAAAAGUGAAGCAAACACCCACCAGACAAAACCCCCCAACCUCCACAUCUCCCUCCUCGGGAGGAGGA